AUGGCCAACGGCAGAGACGAGACAAAAGCCCCGGUGUCAGAAUCCAGCGCCUGGCAGGACGUAUCCGGCACCCUGAGCCUGAUCGUGGAAGCCGCCUUGGUCGUCGUCAACCUUUUCCCGAUUCUCGUCGUGCUGAGGGGGAAGAAAGUCAAGGAACGGACGGUGACGGACGAACUGGUGUUGGCCUUGAGCAUCACGGACAUUCUGGGCGUGCUGGUUCCCACGCCCAUCGCCUUGAUGUCCUACUUCGACCAACACUGGCAAGGUGGCUACGAAACCUGCAUCUUCUUCCAAGUGACCACUCAAUGUUUCCAGACAGUGUCCAUCUUACUCGUCACCUACAUGUGUUUGGAUCGAUUCCUUGUCCUUCGAAAAGCUCUUUACUACAAAGCCACCGGCGUGUACUCCGCCGACAAGGUAAAAUUCUUCGUUCUAAUCCUGUACGGGGUUUCCCUGGUGGUGGGGUCCAUGCCUGUGUCUGGUUUAGCCCCUGUCCCCGCCUCAAGGAACUCGUGCGAAUCGUGGAUCACAGCCAUGCCCGCCACACGAAUGCAGGCGACUUUUUACUUGACGGUUUUGUCGCUGGGUUAUUUGAACAUGUUUAUCGUAAUCCUGCUAAAUAUCUGUGUUAUAUCGAUGGUGUGGAAAUUAAAGCGAAAAAUGCAGCCGUUGAGGGGAAGGUCGGUGGCUAACCACAUACCGGAACUGCAGAUAGAACGGAAAACUAUCUUUGAAUACAGCUGGAUGACACUGACCGUCGCCGUUCUUUUCUACUUGACAUGGUUUCCUGCCUUAGUAAGUAUUCAUAGUUUUACAAAUUUCAUUACAUGA